AUGUUUCGAUAUUUAUUUAAUAAGAAGAAAAAUCGUUUGAAUAAAUAUCAUUGGUCAUUAUAUAAUCUUAAUCGAUUUUUAAAUCUACAACGUAUUCUUGUUGUUUUAUUUCUCAUAGUCUUAUUUUCUAUAUUGAGAAUUUCGGAUAAUAGAAUUAAAUUUGGAAAAUAUAAUUAUGUAUUUGAUAGAGAAACAAUACUCGAAAUACGUUCCUCACAUUUUUAUAAUAUUACAAUUGCUCAGUCAGAUUCAUUACGAAUGUUACGAUUUGAUAUGUCAUCUAUUCAAGGUGUUAUUCACCUUAAAAAUCCAUUUAUUAUUCUAUUGAAUUAUAUGCGUUUACAAUUUCUUUGUCUUUUAUGGAAAUCUGAACCAGAACGUAUACUUAUUAUUGGUCUUGGUGCUGGUAUAUUACCAAAAAUUUUUCAUUAUCUUUCAUCAAAUACAUUAAUUGAUGUAGUAGAAAUUGAUUCAGAAAUAAUGAAUUUAGCACAAAAAUAUUUUGAUUUCAAUGAAAAUGAUCAUAUUCGAGUUUAUAUUGAAGAUGGUCAACAUUUUAUAAAACGUCAACCAUCAAAUCAAUAUGAUGUGAUUAUAAUUGAUGCAUUUACAGUUAAAAAUCAUGUUCCACAUAAAUUGCGUACAUCUAGAUGUAUUGCAGAAUAUUUACGUACUUUAAAAUCGACUGGUCUUGUUAUAGGAAAUUUUUUUUAUGAACAAGAAAUUCGAUAUAGACAAAUAUAUAAACGUGCACUAUUCAAACAAAUCUAUCGAGGAAUAAUUCAAAAUAAUCAUAUUCUUAUUGGACUUAAUCAACAAGCAAAAAUUUUUAAUCAGACUGAAUUACAAUUAAGAGCAAGAAAUCUUCAACAAAGUAAACCAUUAUUUGAUAUCAAUUGGGUUGAUGAAACGAAAUAUAUUCAUAUUGAAUACGAUGAUGAAUGA